AUGCCGGUUCCUCACCGCUCGACGGAGCCGGCACGGCCGCGUCAUCGCCGAGAAAUGACGUAGUGAAGAAUUAUCGGGUGCACCCGACGCACUGGUUGAUUUCCACACAGGCGAGGACGCGCUGGCCGUGGCGCGCGCCGUCGGCUCCGCCGAAACACCAGUGGACGUCGUCGGCUGGUCCCUCGGCGGCCUCGUCGCGCAGGAGCUCUGCUGCGUCGCGCCGUCCGAGGUGCGGCGGGCGGUGCUCGCGUCGACGUCCCCCGGCGGCGACGGCCUGGCCGACUUGGUCUCGCGGGACUUCUUCGACGUUUUUGAUGAUUGGUCCGACGACGCCACGCGGGAGGGCGAGGCCGCGCGGCGGCGCGCGGCAGCGGCCGCCUUCGUCCACGCCUCGCCGGAGCGCUGGGUCGAGCGCCACGUCGACGCGCUCAAGGCCGACGUCGACGCGUUCGUCGGCGUCCGCCGCGCCGCGGCCGCGAUCCGCGGCCAGAAGGCGUGCGCCCUGGCCCCCUUCCCGGACUGCUCGCGGCUCCCGGAGAAGCGGUACCUCGUGCUCCACGGCGACGUCGACCCCGUCGUCGACGCGGCGCUCGCGGCGCGGCUCGCCGAGCGCGCGCCGGGCGCCAAGCUCCUGCUCCUGGCGGGCGUGGGCCACCGCGCGUGGGCGCAGGAACCCGACGAGUGGUGCGCGCGCGUGCUGGACUUCCUCGACGCGGCCUAAAGUUUUAAUGAGCAUUCGCCUCGCGGCGCGGCCGCCGCCCGUCCCAAAAUUUCCUCCCGAAUUCGUUUGCAUCGGUGCUUGACCAAGUAGAGGCGUCGCUCCGGGCCUCGGAGUGGUCCGUCGUGCCGCGUCGAAUAGCCCCAUUUUUGAGGCUGCUGCCGGUGGCGGCCUAAGCGCUGCCGAUAAUAGUGCCGCAUCUCUGCUAAAAAAUUGCCGUUCGAACCGUAGCGAUCACCUCUCGUCGUAUGAGCAGCUUCCCGGAGCAAUAGCUGUCUCGCCAGCCUAUUUAGCAUUUGACUCAAAUUUGCUGAGGGCCACACGUCGCGGUCGCGCGCGGCGCAGCCAGCAAGCUGGACCGCCCCGCCGCCCUGACGAUGGCCGCGGCCGCGCCGGCGUCGCCGACCGGCGGUCCGCCGCCGGGCCUCGCCGCCGCGCGCCAGCGCCUCGAGGAGCUCUUCGAGCACUGGCUGGGGCUGGAGGAGACCGAGGCGAAGAUCAGCGAGUGGGUCCGCAAGGCCGAGCGGGGCGAGCUCCCGGCGCCGCCGGCGCCCUCGCUCGCGGACCUGACGAACGACCGCCGCGUGGGCACGCCGCCGACGUCGCCCCACUCGCCCGACAAGGGCGGCGCGCCGAGCCCGCCGCCCCACUUCUCGCCCGGCUCGUCGCCGACGUCGUCGCGCUUCUCGUCGCGCGCGUCGUCGCCGGCGUCCACGCCGCGGGGGUCGCCGCUCAAGCGGCGCGUCGCGGCGCCGCCGCCGCCCUCGCCGCCGCGCGCGCCCCGGAUCCCGCCGCUCCUCUCGCGGCGGCGGCGCGGCGCCGACGCGGCCGCCGAGCGGGCCGUCGCGGACCUCUGGCGCCGGCGGUGCCCGGGCGACGCGAUGGCGGCGCCGGACUUCGCGGCGUACGCGGCGGAGUGCUGCGAGCUCCCGUCGACGAUCGGCGCGGUCCUCGCCGGCCGCCUCGCGCGGCGCGACGGCGACGAGCGCGCCGUCGUCCGGCUCGGCGACUGGCUCGCGCACUGGCGCGACGUGCUCGGCCGCGAGGACGACGCCCGGCUGCGCCUCUUCGCCGCGCUCAGCGGCGAGCGCGACGCCGUCGGCCUCAGACCGGCCGCGUUCUCCCCGCUGCUGGACGCGCUCCUCGCGCGCCACCCGGGCCUCGCGUUUCUGGCCGACCACGCGGAGUUCCAGGACAAGUACGCCGCGACGGUCGUCGCGCGGAUCUUCUACCGGUUGGAUAGCGCGCGGACGGGCGCCAUUAGUAGGCGGGGGUUCCUUCACGGGGGGCCGUGCCUCCUCGAGGCCUUAUUUAGACUCGACGCCGACGCCGACGUCAACCGCGAGCCGGCCUAUUUUAGUUACGAGCACUUCUACGUGAUCUACUGCCGGUGGUGGGAGCUCGACGCCGACCGCGACGCGCGGUUAAGGAGAGACGACUUGCUGCGGUACGCGGGCCACCGCCUCUCGCGGGCCGUCGUCGACCGCGUCUUCGACGCCGCGCCGCGGGCCCUGACCGACGGGCUGACCGGCGCGGCCCUGCGGCGGAUCAAACCGGGGGACCCCGACGCCGACGCCCUGACCUACGCGGACUUCUGUUACGUGAUGUUGGCGGAGGAGGACAAGACGACGGAAGCGUCGCUGCGGUACUGGUUUGGGAUAUGCGAUGUGGAUGGCGACGGCGUCGUCGACGAGCGGGACGCGGCGGCCUUCUACGUUCUCCAAAGGAGGCGGCUGGAGUGCCUCGGCCACGAGGCGGUAUCGUGGGGGGACGUGCGCUGCCAGAUGGCCGACCUGCUCGACCACGGGCGUAGUGGAUUGCGGCUUAGGGUGGAGGACUUUUUGAAUGAUAAAUGUCCCCAGGCGGGCGUCUUCUUCGACGCCCUCUUCGCCCUCGACAAGUUCGUGCGGUGGGAGCAGCGCGACCCGUUCGCGGACCGCAUGCGGAAGGACGACCCCUUCGACACGGACUGGGACCGGUUCGCCGCGCAGGAGUACGCGAGGCUGGCGACGGAGGAGGACCAGCUCGAGGAGGCGUACGGCGUCGACUCGCCGGGCGGCGAGGACGCCGUCUCGCCGCUCGACGGCUCGUCGCCCGUCGAGGCCGAGGUCGUGCGCAGCGCGGAGGCGCCGUUUUAAUUUGAUAGCUUAGGUUU